CACCACCUCCUCCCGCUUCAACCCUUGAACCGCCAGCCGCCAGCCAAUCUCGGCGUCUCGUCUCGACCCACCCAAUACUCUUGACCCUACAACCCACCACGAAGGCGCCGCACCUCCUCUUCGUCCAGCCCUUAUCAUGAAUACCCUCCGGGGCACACUCCAGCGCUUUGGGUGGUCCAACGACCCACGCCCACGCACAGACGGAUUCGGUCGUCAUGAGGACAAGUACGCCCAGGGGAUUGGACCCGCUGGGCCGUCCGUCACAGCUGCGGCGGCCACUCGCGAUCGAGACGAGAGGAUGACCAAGAUCACAUUUUGGCUGCGCAUAGCAUCGCUGCUGCUCUGCUUCCUCGCCCUCAUUGUAGCAAUUGUGGCUGCGGUGUUUCAGAAGAAGUGGAUUGGCGGGCCUUCAGGCUUGACGGGAUUCUUGCUAUUCGCGACUGUGGCUUUUCUCCUCGUCAGCGCAGUAUUCACUCUGGUUCCUGUGCUGGUGGAGAGGGGAUCAGGAGGCAAGAAGCUGCCCGAGCUCGACCGAGCCCUCCGCGAGGAUCGAGCUGGCUUUGUAGGUAAUGGCUUCUGCCUCAUCCUCGGCGCCAUCGUUGCGGUCACGCAGACCAUCUCCACCCUCACCGCCCCAGCAUGCAAAGACGUUAACAAGGACCCGCACGUCAAGUCUUCGACGGGCAAGGAGGAUGACUACAAAGGGGCGCUACCUGGCUUCUGCAACACCAAGAGGGCGGAGACUGCCUUUUUGUGGCUGACGUGGAUUACGUUCCUCGCGCUGGGGGUCUUGUUCUUGCUGGAAUUCAAGAAGAGUAGGAAGGCGGGACCAAGGAUACCCCCAUUUGUUCAUCCUGGCGGAGCAAGCGAUGGCGGAGCCUUCCAGCCUCUCGGCGAUGGCGAAUUCGACGACGACGACGACCCGCAUGCUCACGCGCAGACGUACGACCAGCAGCAGCGCUACCCAGGCUACGACGAUGCGGCAGGCACCCAGCCGUAUGAGACGCCGAUGAUGCCCGGCAGAUAUGGCGGUGGUGGAGGAGGCUACUCAAAUCCAGUCUCGAACAUCGAAGCACGCUACGGCAUGCAGCACGCCCAGCCGCCUCCGCAGCAGUACGGCGCUUACGACCCUACGCCGGCAUCCGGGUACAAUACGACGCCGAAUCCGUUUGCGGACGCUUUGGCGCAGGCUCAGCCGCUCAGCUCCAACGCACCACCGACGGCAGGGUAUCGCCCGAGCUAUGACUAUGGAGCUUAUUCGGGAGGAGGAGGGGCACCGGCGCAGUACGAGGUGCCACAAAGGCGGUACUAAGUGUGCGGGGAGGCGCGCGCGUAUGGACAUUUGCUUUACUGCUUGGUUCACGGACUUUCUCAUAUCUCAUGUUGAUACUGGCUCUCAUUGCUCCGCUGUAUCAUCACCAGCUCGCUCGCUCGCUCAUCACUAUCAUCUAUUCAGGUUCCUUGUAGCAGGACGCGGCUAUGAACGCGUGGCGGCGUGGCGCGUCGAGUGGAGACAGGGCGGGGCGCCGGGCAAGGCGGAGCGGAGAGCGAGAUGAAGGUUGAGCGGG